AUGACCCCGCUUCUAUGGGAAUCCAGCCUGACUUCUUCCAGCAUUCUCUGUGCUGGGCUCCUGAUAGUCAUCUACGUCUUCACGGCUGUUGGGGCCUGGUAUCCGUUACGGAGGCUCCCGACACCCUCCUUCUGGGCAAAAUUCUCCUAUCUAUGGCUAGCUAAGACCACUUGGAGUGGGAGGCAAUACUGGGUGUAUCGGGACUUACACACAAAGUACGGUCCGUUGGUGAGAAUCGGGCCCUAUGAAAUCCACACCGAUGAUCCGGACAUACUUCGACAAUUGACAGGUUCCCGAAGCUCCUCCCGUAAAAGUGACUGGUAUCUAGGUGCCCGCUUUAAUCCACGUCAUGACAACAUACUCAGCACACUCGACACAGAGGCCCACGCGAAGCUCAAGCGGAGGACGGCUCCUGCAUACAGCGGCCGGGAGGUCCCAGAUCUCGAAGCGGCCAUAGAUUCUCAGAUCCUAAUUAUGGUUGACCUUGUGCGCGGCAAAUGUGCGAUGGCGGAGGCUGGCAGACCGGUGGUACUUGAUUUAUGUGCGCUGGCGGGCUAUUUCAGCAUGGAUGUGAUCACUCGCCUUGGAUUUGGGAAAGAGAUUGGCUAUCUCCGAGAUGAAACCGACCACUUCCAGUUUCAUCAAAGCCUACAGCGGGCUUGGCCAUACUUGACCAUAUCAACAGACAUCUCUUGGAUCCGAAGAGUCCUUUUCUCAAGGGUAGGACUGAAGCUUCUGGGUCCACGGUCGAGCGAUAGAAGGGGACUCGGACCACUGAUGACGGUUGGAGAAUAUUGUGUUCGCAAUAGGUUUGCAGGGAAUGAGCACAUGAACGAUAUGCUGGGAUCAUUCAUACGACACGGCCUGACGCAGCAGCAAUGUGAAGUGGAAACAUUAUUCAUGCUUGUCGCUGGUUCCGAAACUACUUCCUCCGCCCUCCGGUCAACCCUCUUGCACCUCAUAACAACACCUCGAGUCUAUGCAAAGCUCAAGGAAGAAAUACGAACCAUGAUUAGGAAGGGGGUAGUAUCCUACCCUAUUCAAUAUGAGGAAGUCAAGCAAUGCCCUUAUUUACAGGCGGUAUUGUAUGAAGGACUCCGUAGCCGUCCACCUCUCCUCGGGCUCUUCCCAAAGCGUGUUCGAAAGGGUGGAGAGGUGAUGCAUGGAAUUCAUAUUCCAGAAGGCACGGCAAUCUGCACAAAUAUCUCCUCCCUGCUACGUUCGCAGGCACUUUUUGGCGAAGACUCUCACGUAUUCAGACCGGAACGUUUUCUGGAGGCUGAACCCAAGAGGUGCGCUGAGAUGGAACGAAAUACUGAGCUAGUGUUUGGCUCCGGCCAGUUUAUGUGCCUCGGGAAAACCAUCGCGUUCAUGGAGCUUAGUAAGGCUGUCUUUGAGCUUAUGAGGGCCUUCGAUCUGCAAGUGGUGAAUCCGGGUAAUCCAUGUGACGUAAAAAGCUUCGGGGCUUUCGUGGAAAAGGACCUGUUCGUUGAUUUUAAGCUAGAUCUUGCGAUGCGUAAUGACGCAGUUUCUGGGGUAUGA